GUCCGCCAAGCCCCCCUCCCUUAAAAUUCUCCCAUAUUCUCCACCCACAGGAACCCUCGUUGGCUAUCUCAUCACAUUUGAAUGUGAAAAACAGAUCACACUGUAUCACAGUCGCACUCACUGGGGUCCAUCUGAAGCCUGACGUGCCAGUAGAGCAGUCACAACUUGGAUUCUUUAGAACACAAUUUGAAAGAUUCAAGAUGCUGUUUGGCUUCUUUGUCUUGUUUUUUGUUUUUUACCUGGACAAGGGAAUAUGUGCUGCAGUGGAAUCAGAGCUGAGAAUCACAACCAUAAAGCAAGAACCAUAUGCAACAUCUAAAGACUCACAGCUGGAAGGCUUUUGUAUGGACCUGCUGUCUGAAGUCGCCAAAAAAGUGGGCUUUAAGUACCAAGUACAUCUGGUGAAAGAUGGUAACUAUGGCAGACAGGAUGACAACGGAAACUGGAAUGGGAUGAUUGGAGAGAUUGUGAGAGGAGAAGCAGACCUUGCAAUUGCUCCACUGACUCUCACUGCAGCUCGAGAGAAAGCUGUGGGGAUGACCAAACCGUUCAUGCAGACAGGAAUCAGUUUCCUGCUGAGGAAAGACGUGUCAGAGGGAGCAGGCUUUUCUGAUUUCCUGACCCCUUUUACUGCCGAGACCUGGGUCUGCAUAUUAGUUGCCUAUCUGGGCACUGCAGUUUGCAUCUUUAUAGUUUCGAGACUCAGCCCGUGUGAGUGGAAUCAGCCUCAGAGUGAGCAGAACAGAUUCAGCCUCCUAAACAGCUUGUGGUACACAGCUGGAGCUCUGACUUUACAAGGUGCUGGGCCUCAUCCAAAAGGUCUCUCAGGGCGUGUUGUCAUUUGCAGCUGGUGGUUUUUUACCAUUGUCCUCCUGGCGUUUUAUUUCUCCAACCUCAGCUCCUCUAAUACCCCUCAGUCCAGUCAGCAGAUAGUGAAAGGGUUUGAGGACUUGGCCAAUCAGGACAGCACUCAGUAUGGCUGCUUGGCAGGCUCAUCCACUCUUGCAUUCUUUAAGAAUUCAAAUAACCCGGUGUACCGCAGAAUCUAUGAACACAUGGAGAGAACUAAGAGUUUUGUCUCAACUAUGGACGAAGGGGUCCGACGUGCAAAAGAAGGCAACUUUGCAUUUAUUGGAGAGUCUGUUUCACUGGAUUUAGCUGUUGCACGUCACUGUGAGCUGGUCAGAGCACAUGAAGUCAUUGGAAUGAGGGGAUACAGUAUCGCUACUUCCCUUGGCUCCCCAAUCAUAAAAAAUCUCAGUGUGGCAAUCCUACAACUGAGUGAAGCAGGAGAGCUGGCUUACCUGCGAAGCAAGUGGUGGGCCAGCAGUUGCUUAGCAGACAAGGCCAAGUCUGUAGCUGGGCAGCCACACAGCCUCAAAGGGAUGUUUCUGGUUCUUUCUCUGGGUCUCGGGCUGGGAUUACUGCUGGCUGUCCUGGAGCUCACCUCCAGGAGCCGCAGCAGCGCAGUGGAACAGAAGAAAUCCUGCUGCACUGUAUUGACUGAGGAACUGAGUCUACGCUUUAAGAACAGCAAUGCAAACAAACCCCAGGAAGCUGCCGAUAAAGACACGGAAAAAGCAUAGAAAUAUUGUUGUGCAAACUUUUAACAGAUAGUUUUAACUGCUUUAACUGUUUUGGAAUUUAUUCCUCUAUUUAACAGAGAUAUAAACUUAGUUGUAGGUUGGUUUUAAAUUAAUCACUCAUAUUUACACUUGAAAAGUAAAAAUUUUAUUAGCAAAUAGUGAUGAAUACUUAAGACUUUCUAAUGUUACUGCACUUUCCUACACAAUGCUGUACAAUUGGCAAUGACAUGACAUUAUUUCAACAUUUUAAAAGCUAUUUCAUGCAGUGAUUUUGUAAACAUUCCAGCUGUGUAUAUGCAGCAGUGUGGACUGUAAACAUCGCAACAGACCUUUAAUAAUAAAAACUAGCUACUUGUGUAA